CCUCCCCUGGGGUCCCCCUCAGCUGGCGUCCCGGGGCCAUGUCCCAAGGGACCCAGCCAGGGGGUGGGCUCUAGAGCGAGGCGGGUGGAGAGGAGGAAGGACGACGGGGCCUUGGGCGCCUCUGAGAUGCUCCCAAGCGCCAGGGCGGGCCGAGCGAGGCACAAGCAGCCGGGCGGUCGGCAUGAUGACCUCCCCUAGUGACUCGAGCCGCUCGCUGACCAGCCGGCCCAGCACCCGGGGCCUUACCCACCUCCGCCUCCACCGGCCCUGGCUGCAGGCCCUGCUCACGCUGGGGCUGGCCCAGGUGCUUCUGGGCAUCCUGGUGGUCACCUUCAGCAUGGUGGCCUCCUCCGUUACCACCACCGAGAGCAUCAAGAGGUCCUGCCCAUCUUGGGCUGGGUUCUCGCUGGCGUUCUCCGGCGUGGUUGGCAUCGUGUCUUGGAAGCGGCCAUUUACUCUAGUGGUCUCCUUCUUCUCCCUGCUCUCCGUACUCUGUGUCAUGCUCAGCAUGGCCGGCUCGGUGCUCUCCUGUAAGAACGCUCAGCUGGCUCGAGACUUCCAAGACUGCUCGAUGGAAGGCCAGGUCUGUGUGUGCUGCCCCUCCAUUCCACUCCCCCGGCCCUGUCCAGAUUCGGGGCAGGAACUGAAAGUUGCCCCGAACUCCACCUGUGAUGAGGCUCGAGGGGCUCUCAAGAACCUGCUCUUUAGCGUCUGUGGGCUCACCGUCUGUGCUGCUGUAACAUGUGCCCUCUCCGCUAUCAUCUGCUGUAUCCAAAUCUUCUCCCUGGAUCUGGUGCACACGCUGGCCCCCGACCGCUCCAUCUCAGGUGCCCUGGGGCCACUGGGCUGUGCCUCCUCACCGCCGGUCCCACUUCUACACACCAUGCUGGACUUGGAGGAAUUUGUACCACCCGUGCCCCCGCCACCCUAUUAUCCCCCAGAGUACACCUGCAGCUCAGAGACAGAUGCCCAGAGCAUCACCUACAACGGCUCCAUGGACAGUCCCGUGCCCUUGUACCCGACUGAUUGCCCCCCUUCCUAUGAGGCUGUCAUGGGGCUCCGAGGAGACAGCCAGGCCACCCUCUUUGACCCUCAGCUGCACGAUGGCCCCUGCAUCUGUGAGCGCGUGGCUUCCAUUGUCGAUGUGUCCAUGGACAGUGGGUCUCUGGUGCUGUCGGCCAUCGGCGACCUCCCGGGGGGCUCCAGCCCAUCUGAGGACUCAUGCCUGUUGGAGCUGCAGGGCUCCGUGCGCUCCGUCGACUACGUGCUCUUCCGCUCCAUCCAACGCAGCCGUGCGGGCUACUGCCUCAGCCUGGACUGUGGCCUUCGGGGCCCCUUCGAGGAGGACAGCCCCUUGCCCCGACGGCCCCCUCGGGCCGCCCGCUCCUACUCCUGCUCUGCCCCCGAGGCUCCCCCCGAUAGCUCAGGUUCCCUCACUCCCCCCGGGCACCGGCCUUCUCAUCCGGCUCCCCCCACACCACUGCUGCUGCCUCGGUCCCACAGCGACCCAGGCAUCACCACCUCCAGCGACACUGCUGACUUCAGGGACCUUUAUACCAAAGUGCUUGGGGAAGAAGCUGCUUCCGUUUCCUCUGCAGAUACAGGGCUCUGCUCUGAGGCCUGCCUUUUCCGCCUAGCCCGCUGCCCUUCCCCUAAGCUGCUCCGCGCCCGCUCAGCCGAGAAGCGGCGCCCUGUGCCCACCUUCCAGAAGGUUCCCCUACCAUCUGGCCCUGCACCUGCCCACUCCCUGGGGGACCUGAAGGGCAGCUGGCCAGGCCGGGGCCUGGUCACUCGCUUCCUCCAGAUGUCCAGGAAGGCCCCAGACCCCAAUGGGAAUGGAACCCGGGGACACAAGCAGGUACCCCGGACCCCGUGGGGCCGGCCGGGCCGAGAGAGCCUGCACCUUCGUAGCUGUGGGGAUCUUAGCUCAGGCUCCUCCCUGCGGCGCCUCCUGUCUGCACGGCGGCGCCUGGAGCGCAGUGCUGCCCGCCCGCACAGCCUCAGCCUCAAUGCGGGCAGCCGGGAGACGGGGCUCUGACCGGCUGCUUGGCAGACUGAACAGAGCCAGGAGAUGACUGUUGGGGCCACAGGCACCAGCUGGUUGGGGUCAGCAGCCCAGCCCCCACCCUCUUGCUCUAGCUGGUACACACAAAAAACCUGCUGAAUCCCCCAAAUCUGUCCCUGCCCCUCCUAUCUCUCCGGGUGGAGGGGCUCCUGCCGCUUGCCUCCGCCCGCUCUAGCCUGGGAGAGCCUCUAUCCUGUGCUGCAUGGAUAUUCCGGCUGGGGUCGGGGGAGGUGGCCCUGCUUAACAGCCUUGGAGCAGGAAAGCCAGCAAACUCCUGGACUCUUAGCACGAGAGUGGCCUUCUGACUCGCCAGAGCCACGAGGGCCAAGAUGGGGACAGGUCCCAGGGGUCAGGUCCAGGGCGUUGGGUGCCUGUGCCACGGGUGGUGAGGCAUGCAGAGUGGGCACAAUCCACUGGGCCUCCCAGCGCUGCCACCCCUGGCUGCAUGACCUUGGGCAAGUUACUUAACCUCGAUUGCCUGAUCAUAAAACACUGUAAGGGACGAAUGUUUGUAAAGCUCCUAACCUACUAAGGAAGCCUUCAAUAAAUGUCAGUGUCGGCCUC